CUCGUGUGGAAUGUGGUUCACCGGCCUGGUAAUUCCCGUGGCUUCUGUGGCCCCGUGACCUGCCCUGGUCGUUGGAGUCGUUAUGAGGGACUGGGACCCAGGAAACCUCGAAAUGUGUGGAGAGGAAGUUUCUCAUGACCAAGUCAUAGAAUAACUCUUCGUAAACAACAGAAUCGACUCAUUGGCCUUUGAGGAUGUAGCUGUGAACUUCACCCUGGAGGAAUGGGUUUUACUGGAUUCCUCACAGAAGAAACUCUACAGAGAUGUGAUGCAGGAGAACUUCAGGAAUGUGGUCUCAGUAGGAACAAAAUGGGAAGAUCAUGACAUUGAAGAGUGGUACGAAAACCAGGGGAGAAAAUUAAGAAGUCCUAUGAUAAAGAGAAUCUCUGAAAGUAAAGACAGUAGUUACUGUGGAGAAAACUUCACCCUUAUUCCAGCUCUCAAUCUGAAGAAGGAAACUCCUGGUUUAAAACCAUGGGAAUUCGGUGCCUGUGCAAAAGUCUUCAUGCAUCAUUCAUCUCUUAAUAGUCACAUUAAAUGUCACAUUGAAGACAAACCAAGAGAGCAUCAAAGUUCUCUUCGAACACAUGAAAGGAGUCACAAUGGAGAGAAACCCUAUGAAUGUGAACAAUGUGGAAAAACCUUUAAAAGUCCUAAAACUAUUCGAAUGCAUGAAAGAAUUCACAGAGGAGAGAAACCUUAUGAAUGUAAGCAGUGUGGUAAAACCUUCAAUUAUUUCAGUUCCUUCCAGGCACACAAAAGACAUCACACAGGAGAGACACCAUAUGUAUGUAAAACAUGUUCUAAAGUAUUGUGUACUUCCAGUUCUCUUCGAAAUCAUGAAAGAAUCCACACUGGAGAAAAGCCCUAUGAGUGUAAGGAAUGUGGAAAAUCCUUCACAUGGCACAAAACUUUCCAGUAUCACAUGAUAACACACACUGGAGACGGACCUUAUAAAUGUAAAGAAUGUGAGAGAGUGUUCAUUAAUCCCAGUUCUCUUAAAAUACAUGAAAGGAUUCACACUGGAGAGAAACCAUACCAAUGUGAACAGUGUGGUAAAAGUUUUAGGUAUCGAACAGUAUUGAAAAUACAUCGAAGGACUCAUACUUGAGGAAAACCCUAUGAAUGAUAAAUGAAGGGAAAACCUUUGCUUUCACUUGUAUUCAAGUGCAUGAAAGAAUUCACACUUGAUAGAAACCCUAUCAAUGGCAGGAAUGUGGAAAAUCCUCCAUUUGUGUCUCAAUCAUUCAGAGACAUAUGAGACUACAGACUGGAUGGAAACCAUAUGAAAUGUGAAGAAUGUGGGAAUGGUUUUUCUGAUCUUAGUAGUUUAUAAAAGUAUAAAAGGAUUUGCUAGAUAAAAUCUUGAUUGUGCACAGCGUGGGAAACACUUCAAUUGGCUGAUGUCAUUACAUGUAAAAACUCCCAUGGAGAAGAAGUAUAAAUGUCAGUAACAUGAAAUAACUUGAUGAAAAUUAAUCCAUGCCUAAUGUUCCAGAAAACCUUCAAUAUGAAAGAGUUGUUUUAUUUUUAUUUAUUAUUAUUAUUUUUCAGCUGGGCCAGGCAGCAUGCAGGGAAUCUUAGUUCCCCAACAAGGGAUGGAACUUGUGCCCCCUUCAGUGGAAGCCUGGAGUGUUAACUGCUGGAAGUCCUGAAAGAAUUGCAUUAAAAGUUUAUAAAUAUGUUAUGGUUACUAAAGAUUCUUCUUCAAGUAUGUCCUUCAGUGAUGGAUUUCUGCUAAUUUAAGAAAUGAAUAUUAAAGUGAGUUAAUUCUGUAAGUUGUCUUUCAACAAUAGUACAUAAGGUUCAAAGGUCCUUUUUCCUCCUUUAGUCAGAUAGUGAUUUUUUUUCUUUUGAUACUUGAAGCCUGUUGGAUCCAUGGGUGAAUUUAAUGUAUUUCUAGUAUGCAAUGAGGCUUCAAUUUGUAUAAUUUUCUAUUCAUUCUCUGUUAAUGGGCCAUUAAAAAGUGGUAGUUUGGUAUUUGUAGGGAUUUUCCUAGUAGCUUUGUGUGGCAGUUCCUGGGUAUUUACUCCUUCAUAUAUAUUGUAUCCUUUUUACUGAGAAAGAAACCUUUGGGUGGUAGUGCAUGUAGGAGCCUUUUUCCAUUUUCCAUUCUAUUAAACACUUGAAAUAAAUUUUGUGUAUGGCUGGGAUGUCAAAGACUAUACUGUUAUGUAAAUAAUGAUUUUUCCUAUUUGCUUUUUGUGUUUCCUUCUGACUGGUAUUUGUUGAGUAGACUGUGAAAGUUGUGAUAAUACAAAAAUCUGGCGUCAGAGAUAUCUUGCCUGUGAAUAAUAGUAGGACCUAGACUCUCCAGAAUCCAUCCCCUUUGUGGUUCCAUGUUAGCAUUCACCAAUAGCUCAUCUUCGUGUGAUUUUAAAGCAGAUGCAAAGACAUUCUUCAGAUAUUGGAGCCCCCACACUGGGAGAGAGGCAGAUACAUAGGAGCUUCAAGGACACCAUCUUCCAGCUUAUUUUCCAGAUUCUGUGUCCUUGUAGUCGAGUAUUAUCAACACCACCAACAAAUGUUUGUUUUCCAUUUUUAUAGAUGUAUAGCUUCCCCUGAUGUCUUCAUAGCUUCCACAUCAAAGAUCCAUCAGAGUUUGAAAUUUUUCUAUAAGGCUUCUUGUGUCUACUAUGAAUGUAUUUCAGUGUUUUAUGGUUGGGAAUAUUCUCUGAUUCCACUCUUCUCUGGAUUAUAUCUUUGUUUCUCUGCUGCAUUGUGCAGUAGCAUCCUUGACCCAUUGUUUCCAUGUGAGAAUAGGCACCUUCCUUCUCUCAGGAGGGUUGUGGGUAUUUCCUGUUACUUGUAGCUGAGUGUAAUUUUUCAAUAUGUUUUUUAUUGUAUUGUAUUUUAUAUGAUUAAAACCAAGUUUUUGGUGAAACAGUAGUUUUUGUUGUAGUUUCAAAUAUUUUACCAACUGUUUUUGAAGCUUUCAUUAGCUAGCAAAUGA